AUGUAAGAAAUAUCUUAAGAUAAUAUAAUUGAUGGUAAAAGAAAAAGAGUAAUGUCAACAGAUGGUGUUUUAGCAUGUGUUACAACAAGUUUAUUGAAAGGUUGUGUUUAAAAAAAAGGUAAUAAAGUAAAUAAACAUUAAACAUCAAAAAAGAAAAUAAUAAAUUAAUAAGAAUCAGAUAGUUCUGUUGUUUAAGUUGUUAAUAAACCUUAAAAGAAAAAAGAUGAAAAAGUUAGAAUAACUAAGAGUGCUCUUAAAGAAUUGAUUAGUUAACAUUUUUUAAUCAUAGAUGAUGAAGAAUAGAAAUAAUAAUAGGUAUUAAAAAUCCUCUUUAUUUUUAGCCAAAAAAGCAAAUCAAACAUUAAUUAAAUGAAUUUGAUAGUCAAAGUUAGAAUCAAACUUCAUCAUCAUCAGAACAUAUUCCAAAAAGAAAUAAAUAUAAAUCAUGA